AUUUUAUUCCCCAAUAUCUAUAUACAUAUAUAUAUGCCAGAGAAAUGAUGAAAUUCGCGUCCCUACACCAGAGUCGAAUGUCCAGCAGAUUUCGCAGAUUUGCGACCUCAGAUUCUGAGCUCCAUUUAGCUUUCAGUUAGUAGUCCUGUCUCUUCUAACUCGGUUCCUGAAGCGCUGCCUGGGCCAUGUGAGAAGUGCGAGAGCCAGAAGUUUGAUUCCAGGAGGUGGAGCUACAGGGCACGAUAUCUCUAAUCUAGCCCAAUGUUUUUCCAGCCAGGGUGGAGUGUGAGCUAUGUAUGUUUGGUAGUUGGGUUUCAAGAACAUAUCGGACCGGCAAUCAAUAAUGGACUGCCUUAUCGGGUUCGCACCUUUCGCCAGGGAACUACGGCUAUUGGUACAGUGAAGGCGGCCAACAAGUUGCACUCAGCUAUUUAUAUAAGGUGUUUAAAUCGGUAUUUAUCAAGCGUACUUAUGCCGUGGGGAAUGUUAAUUUUGUGUGUCUCUAUCAAUUGUAUAUAAUUCGUAAUUUGGUUUCAUAAAUACGUAAGCAAUCCAUCGCCAUCUUUUUUAUGUAUUUAGGGAGGGUUCACUGUAGCUUCGAAGUACCUGGGUUGUUAUCUGGUCGAGUUGGGCACAUGUCGAUGGCUGUUCGAUCGGUACGGUUGGCCUGUGGGCCGCGCGGCGCUCUCCUGCUGCUCCUCCUUGUCUUACUCGGUGUCUUAGUGGUUCUUCACAAAGUCACUCAGUCACCGCUCCUUAAUCAAAACAAAAUCCUGCAAGAUCACUUAAGGGGCCAGCACGAGCGGUAUAUCCAAUCCACCCGUACCAUUCUCCUCUGGACAGAAUUUUUUGGUGAUUCGCGAUGGAAGCUUUCCUGGGACACUUUGGGACCGCAGGAGCUGCGGGAUGAGCUCCACUGUCCUGUUUAUCAGUGCGAGAUUAGCAACCAAAACGCAUUCCUGCCCGCAGUGGAACUCUAUGAUGCCAUUGUAUUCCAUGCGGCGGAGAUGUUUCCGCUCCUGCGACCAGUGCCCUCCCAGAGAAGCCCCCACCAGGUCUACGUAUUCGCAUUGAUGGAACCGCCUGGGGAGACUAAGCCGGCUGGACGACGAACAAGGAUUUUAUAACCUCACCAUGACUUAUCGCAUUGACUCGGAUGUAUUUUGGCCCUACGGGCAGUUGCUGGACAUCACAGCGGACGCCGUGGUGGCGCCCAGUGUGAAACCACCUUGGAGGAAGCCUCCUGUGGCCUUUAACGAUUCUCUGGUUUGGGACCUCUGGUCGGGGAAGACGAAAACGGCCGCCUGGUUCGUCUCUCAUUGUGAAACGUUGUCGAAAAGGGAGGUCUUGGCCAAUAGGCUUCAAGAAUUUUUUGAAGUGGACAUUUACGGAAACUGCGGAACACUCAGCUGCACCCGGGGGGAUCCGCACUGCGCCGAGAUGUUGGACACUGACUACUUUUUCUACCUGGCUUUUGAGAACUCGCUGUGCGAUGAUUACGUGACGGAGAAACUUUUCGACGCAUUAGAACGGACCGUAAUACCCGUGGUUUUUGGCGGAGCAGACUACUCCCGCAUCCUGCCUCCGCACUCGUACGUCGAUGCUAAUCGCUUCAUGUCCGUGGAAGGUCUGGCCCAGUAUAUGAAGCUUGUGGUUGCAGAUCCGGAUUUGUAUGUAAGCUACUUCUGGUGGCGCAGCCACUACCGCUUGACCUACAGCUCCCCGUUUUGCGACCUUUGCGCCAGGCUCCAUGAUCCCUCAUUUGGCCACAAGACACAGUUCUACCACGAUAUCCAAUCCUGGUGGUUCAACAGUUGCCGCUUGCAAAGCCGAAUACGUUUGUGAACUGUGCGCGCAUUAAAAAGAGAUAGAUAACCAGAAACACAGGAAAAUCGAAAAUGAGAGAGACGCACUUUGAGUUUCCCGCAUUUGCCUUAAGUGGGAGAAGGUCAGCUUACGCAUGUAAAUAGGUAUUUUGUUGGGAAUUAUUUUAAAACAAAC